AUGGGCAGUCGCGCCACACAACUGCCCAUCCUUAUCAUGGGCGCCGGCAUCAGCGGUCUCACACUUGCCCAAGCAUGCUGCAAGUACGACAUACCGCACCUACUCUUCGAGCGCGACAUCUCGCCGACAGCACGAAGCGCAGGCUGGGGUCUGACACUGAACUGGUCACUACCCACGUUCCGCUCGCUAGUGCCGGACCAUGUUCUGGCACAGCUUCCCGAGACUCUGGUCAACAAGGCAGCGGUUGAUGCUGGUGAGAAGGGCACAUUCACAUUCUUCGAUCUCGACACUGGGACUGCAAAGUGGAAGGUGCCGGCUACCGAGAGGAUCCGUGUCAGUAGGGAGAGGUUGAGAAUACUCUUGCUUACCGGCCUGGCCGUCAAUUGGGGCAAGGCACUCAGUGCUGUGCGCAAAGUGGAGAAUGGCGUGACAGUCACCUUUAGUGAUGGAAGCGAAGAGACUGGAUGUCUCCUUGUAGGCUGCGAUGGCGCCAACUCACAGACCCGCAAACUUUGUCAUCCAGAGGACUAUCGCAACAAGCAGCUACCUAUCCGCUUCAUCGGUGCUGGCGUAAGAUAUCCUCGAUCCGAAAUCAACGGCAUGUACAAGCUCGAUCGAUUCUUCCUGCAAGGCUCGCACCCGAGCACAGACGCAUUUCUGUGGUUCAGCUUUUUGGAUGUCCCAGGUGAUCCGCACACCAUCUCCCAUGAUGUCGAAGCUGAAAAUGAAGUUGAAAUGUAUCGAUGCCAAAUCAUGACUUCGUGGCCAUAUCGAGCCGGCUUCCUAGGGCACGACGCGCCGAUUGAGGUGCCAGAUGGCAAGGAAGAGAAGCUAGCAUUGAUGAAAAAGGUGGCGAGUGACUUCACCGAGCCGUUCAGGUGUGUAGUACAGAAUAUACCACCAGCAAGCGAGGUGAAGGAGGUCUUCUUAGCUGACUGGCUACCGCGCGCCACAAGCACGACUGCCCUCGGGCACGAGCUCGGCGGCCAUGUGGUCUUGGUUGGGGAUGCAGCCCAUGCGAUGGUCAUGUAUCGUGGAGAAGGCGCAAAUCAUUCUAUCGUAGAUGUUGGUCACCUCAUUGACUUGUUACGCCCGCUUGUCAAGGACAGUACUAGCGACGAGCAGUGGCAGCAAGCAGUCCAUCACUACGAGGAAGAGAUGAUUGAGCGCACGGCUGUGGCAGUCCUUGCGAGUCGGCAAGCUUGUAUGGAUGCGCACGAUCACAAGCGUCUUCAUGAUAACAGUCCCUUGGUGAGGCGACGUCUCAUGAGGUCGGAUUUGGAAGAAACGGAGGCAGCGAGGUGA